AUUCAUUUCAUUGUCUUUCCUGAUAAAAUGUGAUAAGAAUAAAAAUCACUAUCUUUAUUACACGAACAAAUCUUGGAAUCAUGAGCAAAUCAUGAGACUAUCUUGAAAAAUGUAUCCAAAGUGGAAUAAAAAUAUACAUGUUGAUAAUAUAAGAGAUCAUCCAUCCCACACUGAAUAGCUCUGAUAUAGUGGUACAAAGGAAAAUGUUGAAAAUAUGGAAAAUUUUGACAAGAAAAAAAGUUAUUGAUCCAGCAACAGCAGAAGACUCCAGACUAUCCAGGAUUUUGAAUACCUUUGACUUAACAGCACUUGGUGUUGGUAGCACUUUGGGAGUGGGUGUCUAUGUUUUAGCUGGACAUGUUGCCAAAGACACUGCUGGGCCUGCUGUUAUCUUGUCUUUCCUCAUUGCUGCCAUAGCUUCUGUCUUCGCAGGACUGUGCUAUGCCGAAUUUGGUGCUAGAACUCCCAGAGCCGGCUCAGCUUAUAUUUACAGCUAUGUAUGUGUUGGGGAAUUUAUUGCAUUUGUCAUAGGAUGGAAUCUUAUCUUGGAAUAUGUCAUAGGAUCUGCAAGUGUGGCCAGGGGAAUUACAGUCUAUUUGGAUAUGCUAAUCAAUAAUACUCUUCAGGAUGCAUUUAUUGAAGUUGCUCCCAUUAACAUUCCAUAUUUAUCAAAAUAUUUUGACUUUUUUUCGUUUGGGAUAUCACUACUCCUAGCAGUUGCUUUGGCAUUUGGACUCAAAGAGAGCAGUUUGGCGAACAACAUUUUCACUACAGUGAAUGUCUUAGUUGUUUUAUUUGUUAUUAUAUUUGGAUCUAUAAAAGCUGAUACUGCAAACUGGUAUAUACAACCUACAAAUUCAUCUAAUUCCACUGUAAUUGGUAAGGGUGGUUUCUUCCCUUUUGGUAUAGAAGGUAUGAUAAAAGGUGCUGCAACUUGUUUUUAUGGCUUUGUUGGUUUUGAUUGUAUUGCUACUACCGGGGAAGAAGUAAAAAAUCCUAAGAAAGCCAUACCGAUUUCCAUCAUCUUAUCAUUAUCCAUCGUGUUUUUGGCAUAUUUUGGAACCUCCACUGUUGUUACUCUGAUGGUACCAUAUUAUCUUCAGAAUCCUGAUGCUCCUAUACCCUUUGCUUUUGAACACAUUGGCUGGGAAUGGGCAAAGUGGAUAGUGUCUAUUGGUGGAAUAUUUGGACUGUGUGCCAGCUUGUUUGGGGCAAUGUUUCCUUUGCCAAGAAUAAUAUAUGCGAUGGCUAAUGAUAGCUUGGUAUUCAAAUUUCUGGGAAAAGUUAGCCCAAGAUUUCAAACCCCUGUCAUCGGUACUCUAGUUGCUGGAUUAUUAACAGGUCUCAUGGCUGCAAUAUUCGAUCUUAAGCAACUCGUCAAUAUGAUGUCAAUCGGUACACUUUUAGCCUAUACUAUCGUAGCAGCUAGCGUUCUUCUUUUGCGAUAUUCGAAUGAGGAAGUAAGGUUAUACAUGCCUGUACAGACUGUAUCAGAUUCUGAUGACAGUGACACAUACACUGAUAAUAGGGAGGGUUUUCCUAAUGAUGUUGAUCAGAGUUAUGAUGAAAGUGAGCCGUUGAGGUAUGAGUCUAAUAGUAGUUCAAAUGUGAUUAGGCAUAUCUUCAACUGUGGUCUAAAUCAACAACCAACUAAAAUUUCUGAAUCCAUAGUAGCAGUGGAAGUGUUUUUGUACUGCUUCAUUUGUUUACUGAUCUGCCUCUGUGCGAAAUUCUGGAAGGAUAAUAUACUUAACGGCGAAAUUUGGGCUAUUUCCUUGACGUCAGUGACGGUUCUCUUGGCCGUUUUAUUGAUGAUGUCGAUGGUUACACAACCGACUUCCAAAAAGCAACUGUCCUUCAAAGUACCAUUGGUACCACUGAUUCCAGCACUCAGCAUAUUAAUCAAUAUUUAUCUGAUGCUGAUGCUGGAUGUGAAUACCUGGAUACGAUUUGGCGUUUGGAUGGCACUAGGCAUCAUCAUUUACUAUUAUUCCCAUAGACCAUAUUAUGAAGAUGCGCAAAUAAAAAACGGUAAAAUUAACGGCACCGAAAAACACAAUGGCCUCUAUUUUUCUAAUAACGGUUUCGAAGACGACACUCUGAAAGUAACAGGAACUGGCGAGACUAAGAAGAAACGCGCCCCCUCACCACCGAGAAAAUCCGAGGACAAAACGAUAGAAAUCCAACAAGAACUGCAAAAACUCGACAGAAUGCUAGACGAAGUCCUAGACAAAUCCAUUUUAGAGCGUAGCGUAUCUAUCAGUAGCGUAUCCGUUUCGGAUGUGCCCCUGCGUGAAGAAAGCGUAGUCGCCGAUGUGCAUCGUGACAAUGUCAUUUCGUUCGUUGAGCCAGAUCCUUCCCCCUCCCCUCCUGCUUUUGUUGCUGCUCCUUCACCGCCUGUCACUCCCGCAGCCUCGCAAAUUCCACUAGAAGAGUCAGAAGACGGGAAAACCAACUUGCAAACUUCAUUCGAAGUGUCUUCACCGCCUGACACUCCCCCUACUUUGCAAACUUCAUUCGAGGAGUCUGAGGACGAGAAAGACAACCCGCAAACUUCACCAGAUGGGUCGGAGGACGAAAAGACUCCCCCUCCUUCUCCGAUAGGGAGCGAAGAGGUUGUUGCCCCUCCUCCACCGCCAUUCCCUCCGCCUGAUGUCGGUAAGGUAGUGCGCCUACCGAGGAUCACGGCUGGUAAUCUGCAGAGGACUACUUUGAAGUCGGUGGAAAUCAGGAAAAAAGAGAAAGAUGCCGAGUUCGAGCCUGACGAUGAUAAUCUGAGGGUGGGGUCGAACAAGACUAAAUCUUUCAUGGAAAAUCUUGAAGGCAAGUUGAAGAAGAUAAGAUUCAGUAGUCCUCCUUAUGUGAACUAUGAGAAGAAGCUCGUUGUCCCGGUAGAACCGACUGUUGAGAAGAAGAAGAAUGAAAACGUUAUCGAGGAGAGUAUCGAUAAGAAUGAAGCGAAGGCAAAAUUGGGGCUGUUUGUGAAUGCCAGAUUGAGUGGUUUGGGUAGUCCAGAGAAAGUUAGGACAUCGAAAAGUUUGAUAGAAAAUGUAGAUGUGACUAGUGAAGGUCCAAUAAUUGAAGUAGAAACACCUGUUGUUGGGGAACCUGAGAACAACAGUGAGGUUGUUGCUGAGAAAAAUAUUUUGAACGAAGAUUUUAUGGCGCAUAAAGGAAGAAUGAACACUAUAUUCAGGAGUAUCAAUUUGAAAAGUCUGGAAUCUCUGAAGAAACCUGAGUUCUCUCGUGAUGUUAAAACUUUGGGCCAUAAAAUAGAUGACAAGGCAAAGCAUAGACAGGCGAUGAAUGAAAUUUUUAGAACAAUCGAAUUGAGAAGAACUGGUAGUAGAAAAAAUUCAAUUGUGUAGAUAAUAAACAAUGAAUGAGAUUAAUUCAGACCAAUAGUGGUUCGGAGUUCAAAGUUGUCCGCCCCAUUUGUGACACACCCUGCUUAUAUCCUCAUGUUGCAUGUUCUGCUUUAACUAUAUAUGGCUUGCUUAGUGGGGUUUAUUUGGGUUUGAAAGAACAACUUGAAUGACUUGUGUCUAUUGAAUUAAUAUGUUUCUUUUGGAUUUGUUGGGACUUCAUACUUAUAGGACAUUCUUGUGAAAACCCAGUAGUUCAUAGGAAGCCCUCAUACAUAUUAUUUGAAAAAAUAUACCAUUUCAACUUCAAAUUCAGAUCAUUUUCGAUUUGGAAUAACCAAAUUCUCAUUGGGGCCGAAUGAUUCAUAAUUGAUUUUACACACCCAAUUUGAAAAUAAACGUAAUGUAAUCGAAACUAAAAUAAUUCAUUUCAUAGUUUCUCUCAAUGCACUGAACAAUGAUUUGAUGUUCUUCAGUGAUUUUAGCCCUUCUCUUACCUCCCCAUAGUGUUUUUACCUCAUCAAAAUUCUUCACCUUUUGAAAAUCCGUUUCAAUCACAAUUUUUAUCGAAUAUUGUAGAAAAUGUUUUCGAUUAUUGUUUUUUUGGCAUAUUGCAGCUCAAUUAUAAUAUACGACAAAUGAUUGCAUUUUAAUUUCGAAU